GGCGUCACAAAUGGUGAUGCCAGGAACCAACAUGGCGGCGCCGGGCUCGGAGUGACAUCACGGGACGCAGGAGACUGACGCGCGGAGUUUGAACCAGGCAGAGCGGCGGCUGCCGGGGGAGCUCGGGCAGAGGUGGCCCGGUAAUGAUGGGGCGAGAACUGUCUCCCCCGGAGGACGACCAUUCUGCUGCAACGCUCCCCACCUUAUGUCUUCCUGGUGCAAGUGACAAUGUAACCUAUAAAACCAAAGUAUCCAGAUUACGGCGCGUUCCAUUGUAUGAAUAACCCGGCCUGGCAGCUGAUGAAUGAGGCGCCGGUAACCACAUGAUGCAGGCGUCACACGGGCCGCCGGCAGCUCCGGGGACUAGCGCCAAGCUGGCAAAUAUCUUAUUUGGUGGUUUGACCUUAAAUGAAAGUAACGGUAAAGCCAAGAUGAAAGCGGUUCUGGGGCCUCACAACAGCCGCAAACGCAAUCGCCCCCGUUCCCUGUCCAGCCCCGGGUCAGAAGACUCCACAAGUCCCUCAACGUCAAAGAGGGCUGCGCUGCAUACCAAGUACAGUAAGUCCCGACCCCAGGGGGUUCCUCACAGGCCCCCGAGAGCUGGAGGGAUCAAGGAGCAGCCCGGGGACUCCAGCACCAUCUCAAGCUCUAACGAAAACUACAUCUUGUUCAGCCCGGCGCAGCAGGCGUCCAUACUGCAGAAGAAGAGGCAGGAGCAGAGCGCAAGGGCCAACCUGUCUGUGUCUGUUCUAGCACCCCCUACUGGUCUGGACCGCACACUGCUGGAGUCCAGCCUUUCUGCCACAGCACAAGGCCUCCGUAUGGCUGUUCCCGAGGGUCUGGCUGACAAGCUACUUCUGGCCAGCUGGGGUCUUCCUGCGGCCGUCCUGGAGAAGUAUGGCGCCCUGGGGGUGGUGCAGAUGUUUGAGUGGCAGGCGGAGUGCCUGAUGCUGGGGCAGGUGCUGGCCGGGAGUAACCUGGUCUAUUCUGCUCCGACGAGUGCCGGUAAAACGCUGGUGGCCGAGCUGCUCAUCUUAAAGAGAGUCCUGGAGACCCGAAAGAAAGCCUUAUUCAUCCUCCCCUUCGUCUCUGUAGCCAAAGAGAAGACCUAUUACUUGCAGAACCUGUUCCAGGAGGUGGGGGUCCGGGUGGCAGGCUACGUUGGCGGCUUGUCUCCGGCAGGUGGUUUCUCCUCUAUAGAUGUCGCCGUCUGCACCAUUGAGAAAGCAAAUGGGCUGGUGAACCGGCUGAUUGAAGAGGACAGGAUUGAUUUGUUAGGGAUGAUGGUGGUGGAUGAACUGCACAUGUUGGGAGAUUCACAUCGAGGUUAUUUGCUGGAACUUCUCCUCGCCAAGAUCCGAUACGUCACUCAGAAAAGAGCGGCCAAGAAGAAAGAUGGCAGCAACGGAAGCUCUGUGAAUGAUGUACAGAUUGUAGGUAUGAGUGCCACCUUGCCCAAUCUCAGCCUGCUGGCUUCAUGGCUCAGCGCCGAGCUCUAUCACACUGAUUACCGGCCGGUGCCGCUCAAAGAACAAAUUAAAAUUGGAAAAACUGUGUUUGGUUCCACAAUGAUUCCAGUGAGAGAGUUUGAGCCUUUAAUUCAAGUGAAGGGGGAUGAUGAUCACAUCGUCGGCCUGUGCUAUGAGACCAUACGCGAGGGUCACUCCAUCCUAAUCUUCUGCCCUUCCAAAAACUGGUGUGAGAAGUUGAGCGACACCAUCGCCCGUGAGUUCUACAACGUGUAUCAGAAGGCCGCGCGGGAGACGGCCGGUGGUGGGACGGAGGCUGGUGUCUCCCCGGUGGUCCUGGACAAGGAUGGCAUUCAGGACGUGGUGGGACAGCUGAAGCGCUGCCCAGCAGGUUUGGACGCUAUCCUGAAGCGCACGGUUCCGUGGGGCGUGGCUUUCCAUCAUGCUGGACUGACGUUUGAUGAACGUGACAUCAUUGAGGGAGCCUUUCGGCAGGGUGUUGUGCGUGUACUGACUGCAACGUCCACCUUGUCAUCCGGGGUCAACCUCCCAGCACGUCGUGUCAUUAUUAGGACACCGCUUUUCAAUGGCAGACUCCUGGAUAUCCUCACCUAUAAGCAGAUGGCUGGGAGAGCCGGGAGGAAAGGCGUGGAUACGGAAGGGGAAAGCAUUCUUGUCUGCAAGCCGUCGGAGAAGUCGAAAGGGGUCAGCCUACUGCAGGGGUCCCUGAAGCCGGUGCAGAGCUGUCUGCGGCGGAAAGAGGGGGCUGGCAUCACAGGUACCAUGAUCCGGGCUAUUCUGGAGAUCAUAGUUGGCGGGGUGGCAGACACUCCGGAUGAUGUCCGUAUUUACGCCUCUUGUACCCUGCUGGCUGCCAGCAUGAAAGCAGAGGGCGUUGAUGCCCCACAGAAUGGCACUGGGAGCAUUGAAGCCUGUGUGGAGUGGCUGCUGAAGAACGAGUUCAUACAAGUUCUCCAGGAAACCCGCGACAGUGUGGGUGAAGUUGAGGUAUAUCGCCCCACAAAGCUGGGCUCCGCCACCCUCUCCUCCUCCCUUUCUCCCUCCGAGGCUCUGGGGAUAUUUGCCGAUCUCCAGAGGGCAAUGAAGGGCUUUGUCCUGGAGAACGACCUGCACAUCCUGUACCUGGUCACCCCCGUGUACGAGGAGUGGGCGACUAUUGACUGGUACCAGUUCUUUUGCCUCUGGGAGAAACUUCCUGUCUCAAUGAAGCGUGUGGCGGAGCUGGUGGGAAUCGAGGAAGGGUUUCUGGCUCGUUCGGUAAAAGGGAAAAUCACAGCAAAAAAUGACCGACAGCAGCGGCAGAUCGCUAUCCACAAAAGGUUCUACACAAGUCUGGUGCUGCUGGACUUAAUCAGCGAGGUCCCGUUAUCAGAACUGACAAAGAAAUACGGCUGCAGUCGUGGGCAGCUGCAAUCCCUGCAGCAAUCCGCAGCUACCUAUGCAGGUAUGGUGACCGUAUUCAGCAAUCGCCUGGGCUGGCACAACAUGGAGCUUCUCCUCUCUCAGUUCCAGAGCCGUCUCACCUUCGGCGUGCAGCGGGAGCUAUGUGAUCUGGUGCGCUUGGAUCUGCUGAACGCUCAGAGGGCUAGAGCCCUGUACAAUGCCGGAUUCAUUACUGUCAGCGAACUGGCAAGAGGAAAUGUCACCGAUGUUGAGGCGGCCCUGAAGAACGCAGUGCCCUUUAAAAGUGUCCGCAGAGCGGUGGAUGAAGACGAGGAGGCCGUGCAGGAGCGGCGGCGAGCUGUUCGAUGUAUCUGGAUAUCUGGGAAGAAGGGGCUGACGGAGAGAGAGGCAGCCGAGCUCAUUGUGGAGGAGGCUAGGAAGCUGCUGAAGGACGACUUGGCGAUGAUGGGCAUCCGAUGGAGUCCUGAUACCAGUUUUGACUCCUCUUUCAGUUCCUCGUCCUGCUCGUCUUUCGACGCAAACUCGGACACUCAAGAGGGAACGUCGGUAAAGGCCGCGACCUCUUCGAGGAAGCCCCCGAAAAUGAACUCUGUCCCACGCGCAAAAGGAAAUGAUCAGUUAACAGGUCCUGGGCGUUUACAAGCCUCCGCUCAGAAUAAGAGGCUAGAGGCUUCUGUUGGUAUAAAGUCACCGGUUAGAGGGACAGACGCAUCAUCCAAUAACCCUGUGUCGUGUAAGGACGCAGACCCUGGCGGGCAGCCAGCAACCUGCACGGAGAUCGUAAUGGUAAAGGGUAAAGAGAAUGUCCCAGGACCACUAAAUAAUUCUAGAAGAAGACAAAGAUUGUGCAGAUUCUCUGACGCAGAUAAGAAAACUCCGGAAAUGUCCGCUGACCGUAGAACUGUGAAAGUGCCCAGGAAGACCCCACUCUGCCUACAAGGGGAUCACUUGGGGGAUGCAGCUCUUACUACUAACUCUAACCCUAUUAGAGUGCAGAUUGACUGCAGUAGCCGCGACACCGCGUUUGUUGCAGCUGAGGCCGUGCAUCACGACCAGGGGUUGGUAAGGAAGGAGGCAGCAGGGGCAGAGGCUCGGAACUCACACACAAGCGAGGCUUGCAGAGGCACUGUAGGAGAAAUCGCUGACACGGAGGUAACAAGAGCCCCACAAACAGGACCCCCUAGUGUCAGCCAGUCACCGGUGAUAACUGCAGAACACUCGCCAGUGACAGGAAAUGCGCGCUCCAGCAAUGGGGCUAUUAUCACAAGUAAAGAAAGUGACCCUGGGAAAACAAACCCCGCUGUCUGCAUUGCAGGUUCCCCGCAGAACAGCCGCUCUCCUGAUCUGUACGUAGCAUCUAGGACCUUUGAGGACAGUUUCCAGUUGGACACUCAGACUGAGAAGUUAAUAUUGCAGCAGGCUGCAUCGGUGAGGGGACAGGGAGCUGGAGAGUUGAUGCUGGCAUCUCCGCUGCCGCAACAGAUGUCCGAACUGGCUGGUGCUGUGCCGCAAAGGGACAUGACGCAUGGUGGUGCUGGGGAGCCGAGCAGAGCUGAUCUAAACCAGGAGCCUGGGAAUUCCGUAAUGCCGGUGUUAAGCUGUGCAAAUGAAUCCGGUGAGAGCCUAAAAGGACCAGAAAUCCAGCCUGCAAAUAAGGACACGGAAAGUAUUGUGCAGCUCAGAGGAAGUGAUAUCUCUCUGACUGAUACACAACUCCAGAGCUUUUUCCAGACCGGCCAUAGCCAGGCAAAUAAAGAGGAGAAAGAUUCAUUCCUUGGUGCCAAAACUGAAUUGCUUCACGCACAGAACCAAGUUCCGACCGCAGAUGGCAGUUUGGAAGGUCGUCAAGUGGCAGGAACCAGCCUGAACAUGAGUGAUAGUUUACUGUUUGACAGCUUUGAUGAAGAUCUUGGGGUCUGUUCUAAACUAGAUAAGCCCGGUCUGCCCCCGCCACCUGGUAUCAAGCAAGAAGAGAUGGUUCUCCUGAAUCAACCCGGUCUGCCCCCGGCACCUGGCAUCAAGCAAGAUGAGAUGGUUCUCCUGAAUCAGCCUGGUCUGCCCCCACCACCAGGCGUCAUGGAAGAAGGAGAAAUUGAACUCCUGAAUCAGCGCAAUCUGACCCCACCACCUGAGAACAAGGAAGAAGAGAUGCUUCCUCCGAAUCAGCCCCGUCUCCCUCCCUCACCUGACAUCAGGGAAGAAGAGAUGGUUCCCCUGAAUCAGCCUGGUCUGCCCCAGCCACCUGCCAUCAGGGAAGAAGAAUCAGAUCCCCUGAAUCAGUUUGGUCCCUCGGCCAGUAUUAUGACUACGGGGAAGAACCAGCCAUUAAAGUUUGAUGAUGCUUCGAUUAUGUUCUCCCAACUCGACUCUUUCCAGAUGAUGGAGGCUCUAAAUGACGCAGAGCUUCCUCCAGGAUUGGAAAUUGAAAGGGAACACAGAACUGUGGGAACCUGUCAGAUAGCUACUGUGGAAAAAAAACAUGAACUAAAAAUACUAGAAGAGGAGGGACUGAUAAGAAAUCAGACAGACUGGUCUGAUCUGUCAUUUAGCCUGACCCCAGGCAUGCAGGACCUUCUAGAUCAAUGGCCAAGUCCUACAGGUCAUAUCAAUCCUAAUGAUGACUCCAGUACUUCUCGCCCUAAGCAGUCUCUGUUGGUCACUGACAAUAAGGAGAUAGGCCAAAUUUCUGGGCCACUCUGCCCAGGUCCUCGGGACAUCCCACACACGCCAUCUACAAGCCAUCGCUUUCUGGAUGAUGAUCAUCGGAAUUCCACCCCCAAUGAGGCUGUAGGCGCUGCAGGGACACCUGACUUUAGGCCUGACAGCAGGAAUGAGCUUGUUCCCCCCACACCACCCAGCGAGUGCACAUCCGGGAGAGUCAUUGGUAUGUCCGCCAUUAAGUCUGGAAUAGGGAACCAAAGAAUAGGCUCUGUGAGCUCAGUUCUGUCCAAGGAGGCGGAGAAGCAGGAAGAGGCGUUUUUGGGGUUGCAGUGCACAGAAUUGGACUAUAGGGAAGUCCCUGGCGUUGAACCCACUAGAGACACCUCGGUUAUAGAUGAGGACUUCUCUUUGCAGCUGUCUCAGGACUCGUUCCCUUUGCCCUCAUCCAGCGCAGAAGGGUUCAGUAUCAUCGAUGUGGCAAGUGAUCAGGCUCUCUUUCAGACGUUCCUGAGAGAAUGGAAGAACCAGAAGAUGUUUUCCCUAUCUGUGGCCUGUGAACGUAGGACACAGCCUCCGCAAUCCAAGAUGUGUAUUGGUGGGAGGUUCAAACAAGUCCAGUCUCCGAGCCGGGCGCAGGUCAAGGAAGAUGGCCUCUCCAUCCAGGGCUGGGAUGAUGUUCUUCUGGUGGGCCUGGCGGUGUGCUGGGGAGGAAAAGAUGCCUAUUACCUGUCCUUGCAGCGAGAGCAGGACCAGUCAGACAUCAGUUCCAGCCUCGCUCCCCCUCCGCUGGACCAGAAUCUGCCGGUGCAGGAGCGGCUGUGGUACCUGCAGGCCACGUUACAGCAGACACGUCCCCCUGAGGAGCAGAGCACCGUCAUCAUGUAUAACUUCAUCGAGCAGUACAAGACUCUCCUGCUGGGCUGCAGGGUCUCAGUCGCUGGACACUUCCAGGACCCAAAGGUGGCUUGCUGGUUACUAGACCCGGGGUCCAAAGAGCGAACUCUUCACAAUAUGGUAGCAAACUUCCUUCCGCAAGACCUCCCAAUGCUGGACGGAGUGGGAACUGGCCAGGGAGUGCAGAGCCUUGGACUUAGUGCUAAUUGUGACCAGUCGGGGCGCUACAGAGCAGCUAUAGAGUCGGUUCUUGUUUAUAACACAAUGGCCAAACUAAACAGCUUGUUGGAGAAGGAUAAACUUCAAGGUGUCUUCUCUAAGAUGGAGAUGCCCACUCAGUACUGCCUGGCUCUACUGGAACUUAAUGGUAUUGGGUUCAGCACAGAGGAAUGUGAGAUGCAGAAACACAUCAUGCAAGCCAAACUGAAUGAGAUUGAGGUCCAGGCAUACCAGCUGGCUGGACACAGCUUCUCCUUGACAAGUCCCGAUGAUGUUGCUCAGGUGUUGUUUAUUGAACUUAAGCUCCCACCCAAUGGAGAUCUGAAAGGACAAGGGCACAAGAAGACCUUGGGGUACGCAAGGAGAGCGGCAGUGAUUGGGAACCGAGUUCGGCUCAGCAAGCAGUUCAGUACCACAAAGGAUGUUCUGGAGAAACUGAAACCUCUGCACCCUCUCCCUGGCCUAAUCCUGGAGUGGAAGAGGAUCACUAACGCCAUGACCAAAGUGGUGUACCCAUUACAGAGAGAGAAGAGUUUCAGCCCGUACCUGUGCAUGGAACGGAUAUACCCAAUCUCCCAGACCCACACGGCCACAGGUCGAGUCAGUUUUACUGAACCAAAUAUCCAGAAUGUGCCCAAAGAUUUUGAGAUUGAAAUGCCACGACUGGUGGGAGAGAGCCCCCCGUCCCAGGGGCCAGGAUCCGCUGUCCUUCCAAAGCAUCGGGGUAAGAGGAAUGUCCCCAGACCGAUGGUUCGGGCAGAACAUAUUCCGGCAGGGACGGGGAUGUCUUUCUUCGUCAGUAUGAGGCACGCCUUCGUCCCAUUCCCAGGGGGCAUUAUACUGGCGGCUGACUACUCCCAGCUGGAGUUACGGAUUCUCGCUCACUUAUCUAAAGACCGGCGGCUCAUCCAGGUGUUAAACAGCGGGGCAGACGUGUUCCGGAGCAUCGCGUCCGAGUGGAAGAUGAUUGACCUGGACGCUGUCACUGACAGCAUGAGACAACAGGCCAAGCAGAUUUGCUAUGGAAUCAUUUAUGGAAUGGGGGCUAAAUCCCUGGGGGAGCAGAUGGGAAUUGAGGAGAAUGACGCCGCUUGUUACAUUGAAUCUUUCAAAGCCAGAUACACAGGUAUUCAGAGGUUUCUGAAAGAGACGGUGAGGAACUGUGCGUGUAAUGGUUUUGUACAGACCAUCCUGGGCCGACGCAGGUACCUUCCGGCCAUCAAGGACUCCAAUCACCACGCCAAAGCUCACGCCGAGCGUCAGGCUGUGAACACGACCGUCCAGGGAUCAGCCGCUGACAUUGUCAAAACUGCCACUGUGAACAUCCAGAAACGGCUGGAAGAGACUUUCCCGUCUGUGCCCAAAUCCCACGGACACCGGCUGCAGCCUCGCCACACCGGGCGUUCAGAGAAGAGAGGGAUCUAUUCUCCGCCGUCCCGGGGCGCCUUUUUCAUUCUGCAGCUGCACGACGAGCUCCUAUAUGAGUCAGCGGAAGAUGAUAUGAUUCAGGUGGCGCAGAUCAUAAAGCGCGAGAUGGAGAACUCGGUGACGUUAUCGGUCACGCUGAAGGUGAAGGUGAAGUUCGGCCCCAGCUGGGGGGAGCUGCAAGACUUUGACCUGUAGACGAUGAAUUCCUCCCCAAUAACGGGAUAACGUUCUCAUGGCGGUUCCAUGGAAAGGACAAUUCCCGAUGUUUCUGCACAUUCCCCCGUCCCUCGCCGGACGCCAGCGAUUCAUAUAUAUAUAUAUAUAUAUAUAUAUAUAUAUAUAUAUAUAUAUAUAUAUAUAUAUAUAUUUAUAUAUAUAUAUGAAAUAUGUGACACUACUGAUGAAUUUCUAUAAUAAUAUAUGUAUGAAUGGUCACCGCUGUAUUGUACGCUGUAUAUUCCUGUAAGAUAUAUUUAUGUGUCUGCGCAUCGUACAUCCAGCGGAGCCGCGUUCUGUCUCUUCCUCCGGGGUCAGCGCUGAGCAAAUAAAGACAAUCUCUCCCCCGCAA